AUGAAGAACGAGCUACGCCUUCUUCCCCUAUCUCUUCUCCUCUUCGUUGCUGUCAGCAGCUGGGAGCUUACGGUCCGCGGCGUCGAGUUAAGGCGGGCAGAGGCGACGGGCGUCGGAUGCAAUGGCUCCAUAGCGGAAUGCCACGCGGAGGCGGAGUUCCUCAUGGACUCGGAGACUCACCGGCGUUUCCUGGCGGAUGGCGGGCACAUCUCUUACGGCGCCCUCACCCCGGACAGGCCGGCAUGCAACGCGGGAGGUGGGCAGCCCUACGGCAAAUGCUUGCCAGCGCGGUCGGGUAACCAGCCGAACCGCGGCUGCAAUGUUUACAAUAAGUGCCGCGUGGGUAAUUAA